AGUCCAUGCCACAGCCACAUGGCAUGGCCAGGGAUCGAACCUGAGUCCUCACGGAUACGGGUCGGGGUCGUUCAUGCCGAGCCAUGAUGGGAACUCCCCAGCCAGAAUCUUUUACUUCUUCAAAGAGCUCCUGUUCUUUUAUGGGUGGACCCCUCCUUCCACAUGGACGAGGAAAGCUCUCUUUGCAUGGAGAUUCUAUAAUGGUCCAGACUAGCUCUCCUUCCCAGCCCUGUACCAGCAGUCAGUUUUGAAACACUCACCUUCUAGGUCUUCAUCUAAGUUGAAAACGUUGAAAAAGACAAAGACCAGGGGAGACCUCAGCUGGACCCUACGGGAGACUCCGCUCUGCAUGGGCUGGAAUCUACUGAUCAGCACUCUAUGGCUCUGGUUCAGCAAAGCAGACACGCUUGUGCUGUUUUACCAGUGUUUUUGUCUUGGCCUCAUCUUCCCUGAGGAGUUAAAUAUUUUCUAGAGCGUCUAACCUGAGAACAGCUGUCACCCUGCUUUCUCUUUGGGGGUGGAAGUAGACGAGAAGUCGAUGGAUCACAGCAAGCAGAGGGAACACGCCAUUACAUUUUAACCAGUGUGUAAAGACGGCUCUUAGGUCAUCGGCUCUCCGGACCCUUCUCUUCAGAGAAUUGUGGUUUAUAGCAAAUCACUGCUGGGAUGAAGCUUUAUAGCUUUGCAGUCCUGGUAGCCGCCGUUCUCCUCUGUGAGCAGGAUGUCUUCGCGUUUCAGAGUGGCCAGGUUUUAUCUGCUCUUCCUAGAACCUCUAGGCAAGUUCAAAUUCUGCAGAAUCUUACUACAACGUAUGAGAUUGUGCUCUGGCAGCCAGUAACAGCUGAUGUAAUUGAGAAGAAAAAAGAAGUCCAUUUUUUUGUGAAUGCAUCUGAUGUAAGCGCUGUGAAAACUCAUUUAAAUGAGAGCGGAAUUCCAUCCAGUGUCUUGUUGGAAAAUGUGGAAGACCUGAUCCAGCAGCAGACUUCCAACGACACCGUCAGCCCCCGGGCCUCGUCCUCGUACUACGAACACUAUCACUCACUAGAUGAGAUCUAUUCUUGGAUAGAGGUUAUAACUGAGCGGCAUCCUGAUAUGAUUGAAAAAAUCCACAUUGGAUCCUCAUAUGAGAAGCGCCCACUUUAUGUUUUAAAGGUUUCUACAAAAGAACAAAAGGCCAAAACUGCCGUCUGGAUUGACUGUGGAAUCCAUGCCCGAGAAUGGAUCUCUCCUGCUUUCUGCUUGUGGUUCAUAGGCCAUGCAACUCAUUUCUAUGGGGCAGAAAAACUUUACACCAGUCUUCUGAGGCACAUGGACUUCUAUGUUAUGCCAGUGGUUAAUGUGGAUGGUUAUGACUACACGUGGAAAAAGAAUCGGAUGUGGAGGAAGAACCGUUCUUUUCAUGAAAAUAAUCCUUGCAUUGGAACAGACCUGAACAGGAACUUUGCCUCCAAACACUGGUGUGAGGAAGGUGCCUCAAGUUUCUCGUGCUCAGAAACCUACUGUGGACCUUACCCAGAGUCGGAACCAGAAGUGAAGGCGGUGGCUGAUUUCCUGAGAAGAAACAUCAACCACAUCAAAGCUUACAUCAGCAUGCACUCGUACUCCCAGAAGAUCGUGUUUCCAUAUUCCUAUAGCAGAAGCAAAACCAAAGACCACGAGGAACUGUCCCUGUUGGCCAGUGAAGCAGUCCAUGCCAUUGAGAAAACCAGUAAACAUAUCAGAUACACGCAUGGCAGUGGUUCAGAAAGUUUAUAUCUAGCUCCUGGAGGUUCGGAUGACUGGAUCUAUGACUUGGGCAUCAAAUAUUCGUUUACAAUUGAACUUCGAGAUACAGGCAGAUUUGGAUUCUUGCUGCCAGCGCGUUUCAUCAAACCCACUUGUAGAGAAGCUUUCGCUGCUGUCUCUAAAAUAGCUUGGCAUGUCAUCAGAAAUGUUUAAUGCCCUUGAUUUUUUUCCCCUUCGGUUCCCAGAGUGAAAUUUACUGAUUCCAGCAAGAUCAAAUCAUUGUACCAGUUUCUUUUUAUCAGUAGUUUUGAUAAAAGGUUUUCCUAUUACUUAGUUUUGUCAAAGAAAAAAAUAAAUGCUACCUUAAAAUUGUCA